AUGGCUUCACUCGCAAUAGUUAUCUGUGCAUUUCUGCCCGGUGCCGCGGGCUUUGGCUGGGAUGACUUCACCAACAAUCUCGCCACGGACCUGGCGCCGAUAAUCACACUGUUCGGCGAACAAGUGACGAAGCAGUACCUGAGUGAGUCACUCAGUAUAUGGGACAACAUUAUCUUUGCCAUGGCGCCGAUGGGUCUUUUGACGGCGGUCGUGUCCGCGAUUCGGGUGUGUGGGAGUCCCAGCCUGAAGGCCUUCGUCGGCAGAGCGCAAGAGAGUCCCGGGACGGCUGAGAUCGAGCUGCUGUCGUGCACGUCCGAUACCACCGGAGAACUGUGGAAUGAUGGAGGGAUUGCACGCGUUUUUGGAAAGCCGCAAAUCCUGGAGAUUGUUCGACUGACUGACCCCAAGCCAGCGGACUACGAGGACAGCGCCGGCAUUUUUCUUUUUGCAGAAGGCGUUGAUAAAACCUGGAAACGAGUCAGUGGCAAUCCCGACUCGCUGGAGCGAGCAGAGCACCGGAGCCCGAACCUUUCUCUAAACAUCGGCAUCAAAAAGCCUCAUCGUCUGCUUCUCUAUGGUGUUGCGGUCCUGGGCUCUUGUCUUCAGGUCGGCGUACUGGUAUUUGCUGGUCUCACUGCUUAUCGAUUUCCCAACCGAUUCCUAAGAGACGGUGCCCCAGCGGAGCGAUAUUCAUUCCCGAUGAUGGUGACCGGAACUCUGCUUGUUUGCCUUGGAAUGUUCCUGUGCGCGUAUAUCAUCGAGAGAAGCACGAAUGAAGUCCACUAUGAGCGAGUCAAGCGGGUAAACAGCAGCUUGUACUGGAUACAACCUGGCGGGCAAAAGAUUGGUGAUCAGGUUUUUGGGUCCUUCCUCGCCGUGGGAGAGGGCCCCAGGUUCGACCGAUAUAUUACGUCGUCCAGAGCGAAAACCACUGCCUCGUACCGAGCGGCAAUGCUUUGGGGAGGUGUCAUUUCGACAACAGUUGGAUUUAUCGUACAGUUUCUCGGCCUCCGCGCCAUGCACUCGUCUGUCAUUCUAGUCCAGCUUGGCAGUACCUUGAUCAUGGCCAUUGCGAGGGCUGGGCUCCGGGCGCAGCGGAUCAAACCUGAAGCCAAUAUGCUAAAGAAAGUCCGUGAUACCCAGGGGCAUGAGCUAGACUUCCUUGCAAUGAAAUUCGAGGGCGUCCUGUUUGUUGUCGUUCGACCAGGAACAGGGGAACUCUCGAAAGUCCGGCCGGAUGUGGUGUUGUCUGAAAGUGUACGCGCCAUAAAAGCUCGAAUACGCUUGGCCAGGCUCACAAGCGUGAAGGCCGGGAUUGAUUGGAGCGACUUGGCCAUUCGAGUCAUAGCCUUGCAGCUAAAGGCCGCCAUCGAGCGCGUAAUGGAAGUACUCGCUCUCGACUGGGAAAUUGGCCAGCCCGAGCGGGUCAACUACUUUUGGACGAUAUCCCUUAGAUCUAAUUUGAGCGCUGAGCCAUCGAUAUUCUGUUUGCAUGUUCGAAAAGGAAGAAACGCGUUGUGGAUAGCCGAUGCCGCCGAACUGGAGGCGGUUAUUGGAAUAUGGACGUUGACCCUGAUGAGGACCAAAGCCGUGCAUCAACUCCCCGGACACAGCGUCCAACAUGUUCGUGGUAUUGUUAUGCACCCGGGGACCGCGAUGACCGUUUAUGAUUCCUGGAUUCAGAGAGAUGUGGACCCGGACAGCUCGCUAGCACCUCCGCGCUUCGGGGACCCGGACAGCUCGUUAGCACCUCCGCGCUUCGGCAUAUCGGGGGCGUAUCUAUAUUUUGGCAUGCACGCACUCCAGGCAAUUGAAUCGCGCUCUUCUACUGAGUGCCUCUGGUUUCCGUCGGACCAUUCAAUACCAGUCUUAUGCGCCCAGGAUAUUUUUACAUCGUUGAUCUCUUGUGCUCUGAGCAGAGUUCAUCGCCUCGGCGGCAUUACGGAACUACGUAGGCAAGCCAGUGAUGAAAACCCGUUUAUAUUUGAGAAUGAGCGACUGGAAGAAAUCGCGGCGAUAGUUGAAUCCAGUGGUCUCGGCACCAGAUCUGACGCAUAUUUGUGUCUGGUCCCCUUGCUGGAACAGGUAUCCAAGAUGCCCUCAAUCGACAUCCUGCGAGAUGGUCUGCAGGCAGCAGACCGGCAACAGGGACUUUACUGGGCGUCAGACAUCGGCUACGAGUCUGCUGUAAGUCUGCUUCUACAGGGCGGCGCUGCUGUCAAUCUACCCAAUGAUCAAGGACUAUGCCCCCUGCAUUUGGCUGCCAGGAAGGGGCAUACGGACGUACUUAGGGCUCUCGUUAGGAAUGGGGCUGCAGUGGACAAACUGGCCCGUGGGAGACGGAACGCGCUAUAUAUGGCCGCGGCGAACGGCUUCCAAGGAGCCUUGAGCUAUCUCCUGGAAAGCGGCGCCGACAAACGCCGGACAUACAGAGGAGGCUUGACAGUACUCCAUGUGGCUGCACGAGGAGGCCACGUAGAAGCUGUCAAGCUCUUGCUAGACGCUGACGUUGACAUUGAACAGCAGGAUAGUCGUGGCGGCCGAGCGCUGACAUGGGCCAUUAGCAGCAAAUCGAGUGCAGUGGUGGAUGUUCUCCUAGCCAAAGGGGCCAGUGUGGACUUUCCAUUCCAGUCUCAAGUGAGUAUGUGUUGCAUCGUUAUUACUCCCACUGUCACUGCUAAGGCACCUCCAUCUUAG